AUGUCGAAUCGAUUCAAUAGCCAGAGCAGUAAUGAUUCCAGGAGCACCGGAAAACCCCAGAAAAAACACGCUCCGAAGUCGGAUUCCCGGAACCCUACCUCCCACAACACCCUCUCCAACUCCCUCCGGGCAGCUGCCGCCGGCGGUGUGUCGAUGGCGCCGCCGACGAGCAGAGAUAGGAUGGGCGAGGACGGGGAGUGGGUGAGCAAGGCCCCGGUGGGUGGAAAAUUCGUAGUUUACUUGCCGCAGGAUGAUGCGGUGGCGGCUGGGCUUGGGCCCGAGGAGGGUGGAUUGGAUCCUGUGGAGUCGCAGCACGUGGUUGAUUUGCUGAACAGGGAAUUGUCUCGUCUGCUCAAGCUGCGCCCAAGGGAUUUCUGGAGAGAAGUGGCUACUGAUGAAUCCUUGCAUGCCUUCCUCGAAAGUUUCCUGAAAUUUAGAAGCAGGUGGUAUGAUUUUCCACACCGAGGGGCCCGGGGUAUUGUUGCUGGGGUUAUAGUUGGUGAGUUCGAGCUGUGCCGGCGUAUCUUCAUGAUCUUAUAUCGCUUAUCAUCCAACCGUGAUCCAGGGGCUAAAGCUGCUGACUCUCUGAGUUCAAAAGAUCAUGAAGAGCUUUUACAGGACAAGAAGUUGCUCGAUUUACCAAAACUGUUAGACAUAUGUGCCAUAUUUGCUCAUGAAAAUGAAGAUUUAACCCGAAUACUGGUGAUGAACGCGCUAAAGGCUCAGCCUGAUAUCCAGCAUGAAUUUCCUGUUCUAGUUUCUCACUUCUUAAGCAUUGUCCAGACUAUGCAUCAAAGAUGCAGCUCAUCUUUAGAGGUAUUGCUUGGUUCUGGAGCCCAUCAAGACCCAGGUUCCAAUCGCCUUCAUUUGGACUAUCUAGAGGUUAUGGACUUCAUAAAUGAUUCGGUAGUAACGCUCGACUCAUUUGUUAAUGCAUAUAAAUAUGCAGCUCUCUUUUUCUCUUCGCCUAUUGAAACAGGGGGCGGGUUGAGAAAGUUGGGAGAGUCGAGUGAGGGGAAAGAAGAUGGUGAAGGAGAACAUAACGGUGAGGUUGGUGGAAGGGGCGGUCGAGGUAGAGGGAGGAGAGGGAGCCGAGGUGGGAGUAACUAUAGGAAGGCUCGAGCCAUGAGCAAACAGCUUACGGGACUUCCUGCUCAUUACAGAUGA